CGUUGCAUUCAUUCUUCAUCGUGACUCCACAAGAGAAGGAAGGAGAAAUACACUUGUAUUUUCACACAGACAAGGUUUUACUACCCCUCCUUCUUCACAAGCUCCGGGAUCUACCCUUUUUUUCUGCGGCAGUCUUUCAUUCAUCGGUGCUUGGAUGCUUGUAGUGCGAGUGAAGCAGUGAAUAUUUCGCAUGGUGUUUGUGUCCUCCUGCAGCCAGUCUGUAAUACAAGCAGGCGAGUAGCAUAACACUUCUACUUGUAAGUAGAACUGCUUCCAGCACAGACCACUGCCAUCAACUAAUAUUUAGAAAAAAAGUUGCAAAGAUGGAUACGAGAAGAUAUCUACAGGUGCCGGGCUUCGACCCCAUGGACAAGUACACAGCAUCUAUCGAGCUGUCCAACGCCUGUCGUCAGUUCUACCAGUCCCGGGUGGAGGCGGCCAACUGCAUCAAGACAAAGUGGGAAAAGAGUGCUUCUCCGUGUUCACGCACCAACAAAGUCCACAGCACCAGCCACACCAACACAUGCGACAACAGCCAUUCCACGACAGGUGUCGGACGACGACAGAGAAACUCUAUUGACGAGGCGAUGGAAAAACUACGAACAGAAAUGGCAUCGCUGAUGGACCAGGACCUGUCGUUGAUGAAGCAGUUGCUGACAUUGAACGAGACGAUCGAGGAGCUGAAGUGGCAGAGGCGCUACUAUUACAGCAAAACCUCCGUCAGGGGCUCCUCCCAAGACCUCGACCACUCCGACUGGUCCGUCUCCGACACCGAAAUGUACGACUCCGACGAAGACAUCGCAACGAAGACAGCAACAACGACGACAACAACAACGGCAUCGCAUUCCCAGGUCUCCUCGUCCCGGCAGCUCCCAGUCAUUUCGUUAUCUUCGACAACGACGAACCGCCGGAAGUGUGAGACGGUGCCGGCAUUCGACGCAACUUCCGGUCUGGUUGUGAAAGCGCAGAGCAGCGACAGCAACAACAAACGCUACGUGGACACUCAGAUUCUGGUCAACGGCUCGGCCAUCAAAAUAUACCACGGUGAGCAGGACUCCUUCGACUCCGGUAUUCACGAAUCAACGGGCGAAGAAGAUUCUUCGAUGUCGGUGUAGGUGAAAUCUGGGGUGAUCGCCCCUGCCCCAAUCCUCCAUUUUUUCCCCAUUUUUUUAAACGAUGGACCUUGGUCACAGAUACACAGAACACCAACAGUGACCUGAUGACUAAGAGUCUGGAAAACGUAUUUUGACAGCGAGACUGUGAACUGUUGAAAAUAAAAAACUUGUCAGUCAGCAAGUCUGUCCAUCAGCAGUUCAGUAAACCAAACUUCCCUCACCCCACCCUCCCACCCCUACCCCACUUGUACCCCAUUUGACAACGUGCAACGAGUGCGUCAUCGUCAGCACGGAGACCGAGAGCUGUGUCUUGUCUGAUAUUAAAGGAACUUGGACACGUGACUGAUGUCGACUCAAGCCGCUAGCUACCUUUGCUCCUCCUCCAUAGCUCGGCUGCUGUUAUUGCCUCAGCUUCGUCAUCUCAUAUCAUUAAUUUAAUAUCUUUAAUUUCCGUUACAAACGAAUGAUAUGUAACAUCAGCUGUUUGUUUGGCUUAUAAAGCUCGUGUGCAUCAGUGUUUGAAUCAGACAGGAAUGAAUGCACGCGCCUCCACCUUGAUUACAGACUGUGGCCUUAUAAUUAUGAAGCCUGUCCAAAAUGCAGAAAAAUCAGUUGACAAGUUGAAAGUUUUUAUUCAGCAAAGUUGUGGGUGUAGUCGAAUCUUAGAGGUGGGGUUUUUUUUUUUGUUUUUUUCUCUUUCUCUCUCUCUCUCUUGAGUGCUGUUCUCAUGCAGCGUAUUGCUUUUCUUUGAGUUGAUAUUUGUUCUGACAGGAAGUAUAUUUUCCCCAACCUCAGAAAUGACAUGGUCAGUUGAGAGUAAGGGGUUUCGAAUCAAAGAUUCGGACGAUUUGAGGUAGUGUUAUAGUGUAUGACGAGUGCAUUGUGCAUGAUGAUAUUGUUUUCCAAACUCUGGAAUCUUUGUUCCUGGCAGUACACGGUUCACUGGUUUGUGAUGUCUGCACUUGUCAUUCCCUCUUAAUCGAGAUCGUGUUCUUAAAUCUUGAGACGAGUAUCUUCUGUUAACUAAAUGUACAAAAGGAGGCCAGCUUUAACUGGUAGAAAGAUAACUGAUUUUUUUUAAACACUCGAUAUUGGAGGAACUUGUUAAGACAACAGAUCAUGGAUGUGAUUACAGUUCGCUCUGAAGCAGUCGAAAGUGGGAGAACAUUUGAUGGUUUUCCUUUGCUUCUUCCCUUGUUAUAGAAGAACAGUAAGGGUGCUUGGUAGGAGAGCAGCAGAAUCCGAAAUUUCACAUACCUGCUCCUGAAGAGAGCAGACCGUUUUGUUUUUGUUUUUUGUUUAUUUUUUAUUUUGUUGUUGUUGGGGUUUUUUUUAUUUUUUUGUUGUUGUUUUUUGUUUGUUUGGGUUUUUUUUUUUUUUUUUUUUUUUGUUGUUUUUUUUUUUUUUUUUGUUUUGAUCGACGCAAAACGAAAUGAUCAAUUUUGUUAAACGCAGAGAUCAAGAAUAUCUCGAAGAUAAAAAUUAUUGUUGGUGCUUUUUUUUAAAAAAGGAGCGGGGUGCCAAGAUAAAGAGUUUUCCCCCUUCAUCUAUUUGACUUUUGCCUCCAACAUCUACACCCCGGUGUAGGUUGCGGAUUGUUGUGAUGGGAUCUCGGUCAGCCAUAUCCUGCCUUUCGUUUCUAUCCUUGCCAUCGACAUCGUUCCUGUCUUCUCAUGCCAAAACCUUUGUUUACGUAAAGCAGCGCCUCGCUCCCUGCCAUCCAUCCUCAGCAUCCGAGUAGAUGCAAAGGGGAGAUAAACUUUCGGAGUAGGUCAGAUGAAACAAGGCCGUUAGAGGUCAGAUAGGUAAAAAGUUAAGGUACGUUUGUCUCUUUUUGUUUUUCUUGAACUAGAGCCAUGCUCUUGAAGCAUUCAAGAGCCAAUGUCUCCCUGUCUUCCAUUAGUCUUAAACAAACGGAACGAACAAAGGCCGGGUAGGCCGCAGGGUGUACUUGUCGUCUGGCUGCAGCCAGGCCCUUGGAUGGGUAGCAGUGGAUGUUUAUGGUGUGGUGAGACUGUGCCAUCAGACGAGCGGCACGAGGAUGUGUGUGGUCUCGAGUGGAUGACCAGCUGCCAUGCUUGUAGUGUCAAGAGUUGUACCUGGUUCAAGCCUGUUGAGUGUGUGUCAAAGGUCAUUGUAUAUGCCCCCAUCUCCCAUCAUCACUUGCUGCUGUAAGUCACGUGACCCGCUUGUUGCCUGUAAGUGUAAUGCCUGAACCUCACGCUAGUCCCAUGUCUUCCUGGAAGUUGUUACAGUCGAGGUGUGUGGAUGUAGCAUUAUAUCGGAACCGGGUAGCUCAGUCUGGAUGAUUUUUACACCUGUUAUAUUUAUUGUUUGAGACGAAUGCGAUAUAAACUUGUAAUUUUUUGUUUAUUGUAAUAAUUUUGUAAAACAGUUUUCAAACACCGUGAACUCCACCGCAGGAGGCACGCAGUUGUCGCUGACGAAUGUUGUGGGGGUUGUGGUGCUCAUAUAUUGUAACUGCGCUCACAUUGUCAUUUGUUAUUAUUUGAGCAUUGAGAGAUUGCAGAAACAAAGUUGAAAUAAAUCUGUAAACAGUUUA